CACGCAGAUUGAGUUAGUGUUCAAUUGGAUCGCUAGCAUGCUAGACGUUGCGCUCCGCUUAAAUUGUAAACAAAAUUGUGGGGAAACUAAAUAAAUUCGCGCGAGCGUUUGUUAUUGUAGUGUGGCAGUGUCUUUAAAUAACAGUACUUUGACGGUAGCUAACAAACAGCUGAUAAUCGUUAAUUUUUCCCGCGUGCGGCGGGUGGCAUAUUUACACUUACGUUAACAAUAACAACAAGGCCAACAUGGCGUCCUUGAGCCAGCAGUGCAACCCGCGCGCUAACGUCUUUCUAAUGGUCAAUUUGGGAUGUGAAAUGCUCUAUGUGAUUGAUCAACGUCUGAAGGCGCAACAAAUUUGCGAGGAAAAGUCAACUCAAGUCAUUCACGAUGUUACCGUUGUAUUACUGGAGCCAAAGUUCUUAGAUUCGUUGAUUGUCGGCUCGACACACCACAAUUCGCAGUUACUUACCGUCGAUCAUUGUAAAUACAUGUUAAAUGAUGUUGCCACCUCAUCAAUUAUGCGUCUCGAUAAAAGUUCAAUGGAUAAAUUAUGGAAUCUCAUGACAAUGAUUUACAAAUGGCAACUUUUUAACUCGAAGCAUCCACAACAUUUACUCGAUAUAACUUUCAGACACUUGGACGCGAUUUGUCGGCUGCGACCCGAUGCACAACGUACCAUGCUAGUCGAUUUCACCAAGAAUGUCUUGCUCGAUUUCUGGAAUGUUCUGAGUGAUGAUGGUCAAUGGGGCGUCUAUCAAACGAAUAAAGCGUGGCUACAAUGUUUCAAUACGAAAAUAUCAUUACUCAUACGCCUCGGUUUCCAAAAUUUAGAUGGCACUUUUGUGCGCGCCGUAGAGGCUAGCUAUUAUCAGGAAUUCGUCGAUACUAUCGGUGAGAAUGUGUAUGUGAAGAGUGUUGAUAUUGCCGAAGCACAGCGUCAAGAGCACAUUGGUACGUGCGCGUCGACGAAGCAACAUGUUGAUCAGCUGGCCGAGUUAUUAAAUUUUCCGCAAUCGGAUAGCGAAGAUCUACAACCAAUCGAUGCAACUAGUUUUCAAAAACAAUUCGAACAGAAUUUGCAACAAUGCAAUAUUUUAUUUUUCGAUUUAGAUGUGAAUGAAGCGACGACAACAAACAGCAGCGGUGGCGGAGUUGACAGCAACGACAAGCUGCAUGCGGUUGAGAAAGAUGCCGCAACGGCGCAUGACUUAGUUGGCGCUUACGGUAAUAGUGAGAUAUUACCCGAUUCAUCGACGAUGUUGUCGACGCCAAAAAGACGAGCGCAAGGCGAGUUCGUGCAAUUGCCGGCGGUGUAUAAUCGUAAUGCGGACGCUGGGCGCGCCGGCGCUUUGGGUUUAAAUCGCGAUUUGCUCGAUUUAUAUAGCCAAAUACUUUAAGUGGACGACGGCAACAAGCGCGCAAUAAAUGGUUUCAGCAUGCGCAUAGAUAAAUCUAUAUUAGGGUGCGCAAAAAAAAA